AAGAAGUACUACCGCAACCACCUGUAACCCAUGUGACAGCAAGACCAGCUGAGCCAUCCGUCGCGGGCGGCAUCCGGAAUCGCUUCGGUUCUAUGGCCUGACGCUAUGUCCCAUGAACCGGAGGAAGAGGAGGAGGAGAAGUCUCCUGAAGAGGUUCAACUUGAGGCAGAGAUCCGAGCCAUUGAGCUGGACAUCUCUUUGAUGGAUCUCCGGCGAGAGCUGGAGGCGCAGGAAGAGCUGCUAGAACGAUGGGAGGAAGGCAUUCGGAAGUUGAAGGAGGAGAAGGAGGAAGCUGAGAGAUACCAUCUCAAUACGGACCAGGCCACCCAUCCAUUUUUGGGUCACGGCAAAUGGCGUAUUGAAUUGUAUGCACAGGUACGAGUGCACAUAUAUAGUUAUGUUAUAUAAUGUUAUAUAUAUAUAUAUAUAUAUUAGCAAUCAAGUUGUUGAGUCUUUCCCUGCACUUGGAUUGGAACCGUUGGAUCUUAGCUCUGACAGCGUUAGAUGUCAGGUUCUUUGCCUAUGAGUCACAUCCAGUCGUAUCAACAAGUGGUUCGUCGAGAGCGAUGUGUUCAAGACAGCCUUGUGUGUUUGGACAGAGGGCGUCCAGGCGUCAAUGAAGGCACCUCUCCAUCACUGAGGACAGAGCCGAUGAAAGAGCUUUGAAAGCAGAGUUUCGGCAGGCAAGUUGCCUGUACUGGAACUCAUGCAAGCGCACUUUCGCAACCCAAAAGAAUCCCCUCAGCUUGCAAAAAAUGUUGCCUAAAGUUGCCUAAAGGUUGCCCAAACUUUCCCACUGACAUCCACUGACUCUGGCACCCCUCAAGUGGAUGAGGCCCAGCAAAGCGUCGCACUUCUUCGGGAACGUGUGCAGCGCUUGGAAGCCUUGAGGGCUCAGGCAUGAUGAUGUAGAAACCUGGCACGGCGAGCAGGCUAAGCAAAUUUGAUGAUGGUGC